ACUGAAACACCCACGAAGACAGGCAAAACUCGAGUCAAUUUGAGAACUCUCUCAAAUCCUGUAAUUUUGGCCCUUCCCGAUCCUUUUCUCGCGAGAUUUGGAAGCCGGAAGUGGGUUCUAUUUCAGGAGUCUCCGCGAGGCGUGUGCUCAGUUAGUGUUGGCGGGAGCUGAGCGAGCGGUCUGCUCUUCGCUCUCCGGGCUAGGCUGGGUUCUGGUGUAGGGGCUUGCGGGCAGCGCUCCCCGCCCUCGGCCGGCAGGAUGCGGGUGGCUGUGGCCGGCUGCUGUCACGGCGAGCUGGACAAGAUCUAUGAGACGCUGGCGCUGGCGGAGAAGCGCGGCCCCGGGCCGAUAGACCUUCUGCUGUGCUGCGGCGACUUCCAGGCGGUGCGCAACGAGGCCGACUUGCGUUGCAUGGCUGUGCCGCCCAAGUACCGCCACAUGCAGACCUUCUACAGGUAUUACUCUGGAGAGAAAAAAGCCCCAAUUCUCACAGUCUUCAUUGGGGGAAACCAUGAAGCCUCAAAUCAUUUGCAAGAGUUACCCUAUGGUGGUUGGGUAGCGCCAAACAUUUAUUAUUUAGGUUUGGCUGGUGUAGUAAAAUACCGAGGCGUAAGGAUUGGUGGAAUCUCUGGUAUCUUUAAAUCUCAUGACUAUCGAAAAGGUCAUUUUGAGUGCCCUCCUUAUAAUUCUGCUACAAUAAGGAGUAUAUACCAUGUGAGGAAUAUUGAAGUCUAUAAAUUAAAACAGCUGAAGCAGCCCAUGGACAUAUUCUUAUCUCACGAUUGGCCGAGAAGCAUCUAUCAUUAUGGAAAUAAGAAGCAACUUCUUAAGACUAAAUCUUUUUUCCGACAAGAAGUGGAAAAUAACACAUUGGGAAGUCCUGCUGCCUCAGAGCUUUUAGAGCACUUGAAACCUACCUACUGGUUUUCCGCGCACCUUCAUGUGAAGUUUGCAGCCUUGAUGCAGCAUCAGGCCAAGGAUAAAGAACAGACAGCCAAAGCAACCAAAUUUUUAGCCUUGGACAAAUGCUUACCGCAUAGAGACUUUCUUCAGGUAAUAGAAAUAGAGCAUGACCCCAGUGCUCCUCAGUACUUAGAGUAUGAUAUUGAGUGGCUCACUGUUCUUAGGGCUACUGAUGAUCUUAUUAAUGUGACUGAGCGCCCGUGGAAUAUGCCUGAAAAUAAUGGCCUGCAUAAAAGGUGGGAUUAUAGUGCAACAGAAGAAGCUAUGAACAAAGUAUUGGAAAUACUGAAUCAUGACCUCAAAGUUCCAUGUAACUUUAGCAUAACAGCCGCUUGUUAUGACCCUACCAAGCCACAGGCACAAAUGCAGUUGGUGCAUAGGAUCAAUCCUCAAACUACUGAAUUUUGUGCCCAACUUGGCAUCACCGACCUAAACAUCAGGCUGCAGAAGGCCAAGGAGGAGCAUCACUUGUGUGGUGAAUACGAAGAACAGGAUGACCUGGAGAGUAAUGACUCUGGAGAAGACCGUAGUGAGUAUAACACCGACACCUCUGCCCUGUCCUCUCUUAAUCCAGAUGAAAUCUUGUUAGACGAAGAGGAGGAGGAGGACAGUCUCGUAAGUACACACAGCGACCUGAAUACACCCUCCGCAGAACCUUCUUCUGAUCAAGCUUCGGACUUCUCCGCAAGCUUCUCUGAUGUCAGGAUCUUGCCAGCUUCCAUGACUGUAUCUUCUGAUGAUACUUUGGGUUCCCCAGUCGGCAGAGAGGGGAAGCCUGGUGAGGCCCGGGAGCUGGAAGAUGGAAAGGACUUAGCCGAGUUGCCCCUGAAGAGGUUGAGUGACGAGCAGGAACCUGAACAAAGAAAGAAAAUUAAGAGGAGGAAUCAAGCCAUCUAUGCUGCAGUUGACGACGAUGAUGCUGCAUAAGACAGUUUCCUUAGUAUCCUAUGUAGACACGUGAUUUUUGGGACCAUAUUUUUAGAGUUGGAUUUUUAACACUCAAGACUUAACUUUGUAUUAAUGAAGUUACAAGAGAAAUUUUUAAUUAGUAUUGACUUUGUCUUUAGUCCUUUGUAUAUUUCAGAUAAAAUAUUAAAAUUUUAUAUGUUUACUUGA